CCCUCUGCCUGUGUCUUCAGGGCAAGCGCCACUGCGUUAGCAAUGGCGUCUCUCCUCCGUCGCAAGCUCCUCCAAAACCCUACCACUCUCCGUGCCCUCUUCUCCCGACCCAAAGGAUUGCCCGCAAACCCUAGCCCUUUUCUCAAUUCUCAGUCCAUUCUCUUCCCCAUCCCCAAUUCCUUCUCGCCCGAUCCCAAAACCAAAUCAUCAAGCCCUAGUCCUGGUUUCCUUAAUCCCAAAUUUUAUCCAAAAUCUACUAAAUAUCAGGGGUUUCAGGAAUCCCAGUGGUUGAUCCCUCGUUUUUCGUCGAGUUCGCCGGAGAAGCCUGAUUCUGGUGACUCCCAGAAGCCUCCUGAAACCCCAGAUUUCAAGCACCAGGAGAUCGAAAGCCCUACGGUGGAACGGGAUCUAUCGAAUCUCGCCGACGAGACCAGGCAAUCCCUGGACAGCCUCCGCAAGUCCGUCUACGAUCUCAGCUCCUCCCUCGCCCUACUUGGCGUCGCCAACCUCACCGUCGGUGCCGCCAUCAUCUAUUUCUUGCAACCUAACGGGGUGUUCGCAGUCCAGGGCCUCGUAGCCUUCGCGUUUCCCUUCUCCGUUGCUUUCGUGAUGCGUCGCUCGCUCAAGCCGAUGGCUUUUUUCAGGAAGGUGGAGGAACAGGGCCGGCUACAGUUAUUGACGCUCUGUCUCCAGGUUUCCAAAACUUUGAAUCUCUUGUUCUUGAGAAUUCGUGUGGUUUCUCUUGGUUGUGUUGCUGGUCUUGUUGCCGGUUCUCUAGUUACACUCUGGCCUCAAUGAAAACUAUAUGGUUUUCAAAGAUCUUAUUUUUGCUCAAUUUUACUGUGGUUUAGAUGAUAUUUGCAUGCAUAUUUGAAUUUUUUGUGGACAAAUGUUGUUUUGUGCUUUUGAUUCUGAGACUGAACUUUGUUUGCAUUCUAUAAAUCUUCUUGUUAUGUCA